AUGGAGGCUGAAUUUUACGUGGCGAUUCUAGGCUGCCUGAUCCUCGGGAGCUUGGAGGGGUUCCAGAUAAUCCAUGUCCGUAAACAGCUGUGUCUUUCCAUAAAUCAGAAAGUGAUUAUGAGCUCAUGCAAUGGCACCAGCCAAAACCAGCAGUGGCUGUCAACUGAGAACGGGAAGCUCCUUCACGUUAAGUCUGGAUCGUGCCUGGGCAUCUCCAACUCCUCAAGGGGUCCUUUCCGACCAGCAGUCUCCACUCCCUGUGCCCAGGCACCCCGAUGGACCUGCCAUGAUCCUGAAGGUUUCCUUGAGGUGGAAAGUACCUCUCUCUUUCUCAAGAAGCAAAACCGUAAGGUAGUGGUCAGGAAGAUCAGUAAAUACCUCGAUAGCUGGAUGAAACUAGACACCAACAAGGAGGGGGAGCUGGUCAAUGAAAGCCUCUGUGCAAAGCAAGCUGGCCUGGGGACAGAAGCCUCAGUGCGGAUUGCUAGAAACUCAGCUACCCCAGAGAUCUCCACUGCUUUGAACACAGUUCCGUAUAGCACUGGACACAUUAGGAAUACCACAGAGGUGUUCCUCGAGAACGCUGUAGAGAUCUACAGUCAAAGCGGCAGUAAGAGAGAUCUCCCCAGUCUGCGCACAGCUGGAACUACAGAUGCAUCCUGGAGUCCAUCGACUACUCCGUUUUUCUCCAGCACCACUGCAGAGGCUGGACUGGCAGAGCUAGAGAGAUGUAACUUCACACUGUUGGAGUCCAAGGUCUCAAGCUUGUCAGCAUCUAUCCAGUGGAGGACUUUGGGGUCACCCUGUAACUUUAGCCUCAUCUACAACAGUGAUACCUCAGGGCUCGUGUGGUGCCACCCCAUGCGGAUAGACAACAUCACCUAUGGAUGUAACCCCGAGGAUUUACAAGCAGGAACCAUCUAUAACUUCAGGAUUGUCUCUUUGGAUGGAGAAGAGAGAACUCUGGUCUUACAGACAGAUCCCUUGCCUCCUGCUAGGUUUGAAGUUAACCCCGAGAAGACAACUUCAACCACUCUGCAGGUGCAGUGGACCCCUUCUUCUGGCAAAGUCACCUGGUAUGAGGUGCAACUGUUUGAUGAUAACAGUCAAAAGCUACAAGAGGUCCAAGUUCAAGAAAGUAACACAUGGAGCCAAUACACUUUUUUGAACCUCACUGCUGGUAGUAAUUACAGAAUGGCCAUCAUGGCCGUUUCUGGAGAAAAACGUUCCUUUCCUGUGUAUACCAAUGGGUCAACAGUACCAUCUCCAGUGAAAGAUAUUGCCAUUUCCCCCGGUCCUAAGUCUCUUCUAAUUUCCUGGUCUCCUGGUUCUGGGAAUGUGGAACAAUACAGGCUGAUGCUCAUGGAUAAAGGGACCUUAGUUCAAGACAGGACUGUGGACAAGCAUGAUACUUCUUAUGCUUUUCAUGGACUGACCCCUGGACACCUCUACAACCUCACUAUCAUCACCAUGGCCUCGGGACUCCAAAACUAUAGAUGGAAACUAGUGAGGAUGGCUCCUAUGGAAGUCUCCAGUCUGAAGGUGACAAAUGAUGGCAGUCCGACCUCUCUGAAAGUCAAGUGGCAAAAACCUCCUGGAGAUGUAGAUUCCUACAACAUUACCCUGUCUCACCAAGGGACCAUCAAGGAAUCCAAAACAUUAGGGCCUCGUGUUACUGAAACUCAAUUUAAAGACUUAGUUCCUGGACGGCUUUACCAAGUUACCAUCAGCUGCAUCUCUGGUGAACUAUCUGCUCAGAAGAUGGCGAUGGGCAGAACAGUUCCAGAAAAAGUGAGGAAUCUGGUUUCAUACAACGAGAUUUGGAUGAAGUCCUUCGCAGUGAACUGGACGCCCCCUGCUGGAGAUUGGGAGCACUACCGUAUCCUGCUCUUCAAUGACUCCUUGGCGCUGCUCAACGCCACUGUGGGGAAGGAGGAGGCCCACUAUGUCAUGGAUGGUGUGGAGCUCAUACCAGGAAGACAGUAUGAGGUGGAAGUCAUUGUUGAGAGUGGAAACCUGAGGAAUUCUGAGCGUUGCCGAGGCAGGACAGUCCCUCUGGCUGUCCUCCAGCUUCGUGUCAAACAUGCUAACGAAACAUCACUGGCCAUCACGUGGCAGGCCCCUGCAGGUGAAUGGGAGAAAUACAUCAUUUCACUGACUGACAGAGACCUCUUAGUCAUCCACAAAUCACUCUCCAAAGAUGCCAAAGAAUUCACCUUUAUGGACCUGAUCCCCGGACGAAAUUACAAGGCUACCGUCACCAGUAUGAGUGGAGAUUUAAAACAGUCAUCUUCAACAAGAGGAAGAACGGUGCCUGCCCAAGUGACUGACUUGCAUGUUACCAACCAAGGGAUGGCCAGUAGUCUGUUCACUAACUGGACAAAGGCCUUAGGAGAUGUGGAGUUCUACCAAGUGUUACUGAUCCAUGAAAAUGUGGUCAUCAAAAACGAGAGUGUCUCCAGUGAGACCAGCAGAUACAGUUUCCAUGCUCUGAAAUCCGGCAGCCUCUACUCGGUGGUGGUAACCACAGUGAGCGGAGGCAUUUCUUCCCGACAGGUGGUGGCGGAAGGUAGAACAGUCCCUUCCAGUGUGAGUGGGGUAACAGUCAACAAUUCUGGCCGUAAUGAUUACCUCAGUGUUUCCUGGCUGCCAGCGCCUGGAGACGUGGAUAACUACGUGGUGACCCUCUCCCACGAUGGCAAGGUGGUUCAGUCCCUCAUCAUUGCCAAGUCUGUGAGUGAGUGUUCCUUCAGCUCCCUCACCCCAGGCCGCCUCUACAAUGUGACCAUAGCCACCAGGAGUGGCAAUUACGCAAGUCACGCCUUCAGCGAAGAACGGACAGUGCCUGACAAGGUCCAGGGAAUCAGCGUCAGCAACUCUGCCAGGAGUGACUACUUAAAGGUAUCCUGGGUCCAUGCCACUGGAGACUUCGACCACUAUGAAGUCACCAUCAAAAACAAAAACAACUUCGUUCAAACCAAAAGGAUUCUGAAGUCAGAAAAUGAGUGUGUAUUUGUUCAGCUCAUCCCUGGACGCCUGUACAGUGUCACAGUCAGUACCAAAAGUGGACAGUAUGAAGCUAGUGAACAAGGGAAUGGAAGAACAAUCCCAGAGCCUGUGAAGGAUCUCUCGCUUCUCAACAGGAGCACCGAGAACCUCCAUGUGACUUGGUCACUAGCCAGUGGGGACGUUGACCAGUAUGAGGUCCAGCUGCUCUUCAAUGAUAUGAAGGUCUUUCCUCCUAUUCACCUUGUGAACACUGCAACUGAGUAUCAGUUCACUGCGCUCAUACCAGGGCGUCAUUACAAAAUCCUUGUCCUGACCAUCAGUGGCGAUGUUCAGCAGUCAGCCUUCAUUGAGGGCCUCACGGUUCCCAGUACUGUCAAAAAUAUUCAUAUUUCUGCCGACGGAGCCACAGAUAGAUUGAUGGUAACCUGGACCCCUGGUAGCGGAGAUGUUGACUCCUAUGUGGUAUCAGCAUUCAGGCAGAAUGAGCAGGUUCAAUCUCAGACUAUAUCUAAGCACAUCUCAGAGCACACUUUCCACAGGCUGGAAGCUGGGGCCAAGUACAGGAUUACCAUUGCUUCUGUCAGUGGGUCCCUGAGCAACCAGAUAGAUGCGCCUGGGCAAACAGUCCCCGCAUCUGUCCAGGGAGUUGUCGCAGACAAUGCUUACAGCAGUAACUCCUUAAUGCUAAGUUGGCAGAAAGCUGUUGGUGUGGCAGAAAGAUAUGAUAUCCUGCUUCUAAAUGAGAACGGGAUUCUCCUGAGCAACACGUCGGAGCCGGCUACCGCGAAACAGCACAAGUUUGAAGAUCUGACGCCAGGCAAGAAAUAUAAGAUGCAGAUCCUCACUGUCAGCGGAGGCCUUGUUAGCAAGGAAGCCCAGGCUGAAGGCCGAACAGUCCCAGCAGCUGUCACCAAUCUGAAGAUCACAGAGAACUCCACUAGACACCUGUCCUUCAGCUGGACUGCCUCGGAGGGUGAGCUCAGCUGGUACAACAUCUUUCUGUACAACCCAGACAAAACUCUCCAGGAAAGAGCUCAAGUGGACCCAUUAGUCCAGAGCUUCUCCUUCCAGAACUUGCUACAAGGCCGGAUGUACAAGAUGGUGAUUGUUACGCACAGCGGGGAGCUGUCCAAUGAGUCCUUUAUAUUUGGCAGAACAGUCCCAGCUGCCGUGAACCAUCUCAAAGGAUCCAAUCGGAACAUGACAGAUAGCCUUUGGUUCAGCUGGAGUCCAGCCUCUGGUGACUUUGACUUCUAUGAGAUGAUUCUCUACAAUCCCAAUGGCACAAAGAAGGAAAACUGGAAAGACAAGAGCCUGACAGAGUGGCGCUUUCAAGGUCUCGUUCCUGGAAGGAAAUACACACUGUGUGUGGUGACUCACAGUGGGGACCUCAGCAAUAAAGUCACAGGGGAGGGCAGGACAGCCCCAAGUCCCCCCAGUCUUUUGUCAUUUGCUGAUGUUACAAACACUUCCUUGGCCAUCACCUGGAAGGGGCCCCCAGACUGGACAGACUACAGUGACUUUGAGCUGCAGUGGCUCCCCCGAGAUGCACUUACUGUCUUCAACCCCUACAGCAAUAGAAAAUCAGAAGGACGCAUUGUGUAUGGGCUUCGCCCAGGGAGAGCCUAUCAGUUCAGCGUCAAGACUGUCAGUGGAGAUUCCUGGAAAACAUACAGCAAACCAAUAUCUGGCUCUGUGAGGACGAAGCCAGACAAGAUACAAAACCUGCAUUGCCGCCCCCAGAACUCGACAGCCAUCUCUUGUUCUUGGGUGCCACCUGACUCUGACUUUGAUGGUUACAGCGUUGAGUGCCGAAAAAUGGAUACCCAAGAAAUUGAGUUUUCCAGAAAGCUGGAGAAAGAAAAAUCUCUCCUCAACAUCAUGAUGCUAGUGCCUCAUAAGAGGUACUUGGUGUCCAUCAAGGUGCAGUCAGCCGGUGUGACCAGUGAGGUAGUUGAAGACAGCACCAUCACUAUGAUAGACCGCCCUCCCCCACCACCUCCGCAUAUUCGUGUGAACGAGAAGGAUGUGCUGAUCAGCAAAUCUUCCAUCAACUUCACUGUCAACUGCAGCUGGUUCAGCGACACCAACGGAGCUGUGAAAUACUUCGCAGUGGUGGUGAGAGAGGCUAACAGUGUGGAUGAGCUAAAGCCAGAACAACAGCACCCUCUCCCUUCCUACCUGGAAUACAGACACAACGCCUCCAUUAGAGUCUACCAGACCAAUUAUUUUGCCAGCAAGUGUGCAGAAAGUCCCGAUAGCAGUUCUAAGAGCUUUAACAUUAAGCUUGGCGCGGAGAUGGACAGCCUGGGUGGCCAAUGUGAUCCCAGUCAGCAGAAGUUCUGUGAUGGACCACUGAAGCCGCACACCGCCUACAGAAUCAGCAUCCGGGCCUUUACACAGCUAUUUGAUGAGGACUUGAAAGAGUUCACAAAGCCUCUCUAUUCAGAUACAUUUUUCUCUUUGCCCAUCACCACUAAGUCAGAGCCCUUGUUCGGGGUCAUCGAAGGUGUGAGUGCUGGCCUGUUUCUAAUUGGCAUGCUGGUGGCCCUUGUGGCGUUCUUCAUCUGCAGACAGAAAGUCAACCAUGGCCGGGACAGGCCGUCUGCCCGCCUGAGCAUUCACAGGGAUCGGCCUUUGUCUGUCCAUUUGAAUCUGGGCCAGAAAGGCAACCGGAAAACUUCUUGCCCCAUAAAGAUAAAUCAGUUUGAAGGGCAUUUCAUGAAGCUGCAGGCGGACUCCAACUACCUUCUAUCCAAGGAAUACGAGGACUUAAAAGACGUGGGUCGAAACCAGCCAUGUGACAUUGCUCUCUUGCCUGAGAAUAGAGGGAAAAAUCGAUACAACAACAUAUUGCCCUAUGAUACCUCAAGAGUGAAGCUGUCCAAUGUAGAUGAUGACCCAUGCUCUGACUACAUCAAUGCCAGUUACAUCCCCGGUAACAACUUCAGAAGAGAAUAUAUCGCCACACAGGGACCGCUUCCUGGCACCAAGGAUGACUUCUGGAAAAUGGCGUGGGAACAAAACGUUCACAACAUCGUCAUGGUGACCCAGUGUGUUGAGAAAGGCCGAGUAAAGUGUGACCAUUACUGGCCAGCAGACCAGGACUCUCUUUACUACGGGGAUCUUAUCCUGCAGAUGGUCUCAGAGUCCGUGCUACCUGAGUGGACCAUCAGAGAAUUUAAAAUAUGCAGUGAAGAACAGUUGGAUGCACACAGACUCAUCCGUCACUUUCACUACACGGUAUGGCCAGACCAUGGAGUCCCAGAGACCACCCAGUCCCUGAUCCAGUUUGUGAGGACUGUCAGGGACUACAUCAACAGAAGCCCAGGGGCCGGGCCCACCGUAGUGCACUGCAGUGCUGGUGUGGGCAGAACCGGGACGUUCGUUGCCUUGGACCGGAUCCUCCAGCAGUUGGACUCCAAGGAUUCUGUGGACAUUUAUGGAGCAGUGCAUGACCUAAGACUUCAUAGGGUUCACAUGGUUCAGACUGAGUGUCAGUACAUCUACCUGCAUCAGUGCGUGAGAGAUGUCCUCAGAGCAAGGAAACUGCGGAAUGAACAAGAAAACCCCCUGUUUCCUAUCUAUGAAAACGUGAAUCCAGAGUACCACAGAGAUGCAAUCUACUCGAGACAUUAAGGUUGCACCUGCAGAUGCCCUGGAAUAAAGUUUUUCACUGUGUGACUUUUAAAAACCAG